AUGGCCAAGAAGAGGAUUGCCGUGAUCGGAGCUGGAAUUAGUGGCCUGGCUGCCAUUAAGUGCUGCUUAGAUGAAGACCUGGAGCCCACCUGCUUUGAAUGGAAUGACGAUAUUGGCGGUCUCUGGAAAUUUCAAAAAAAUACUUUGGAGAGAAGGCCCAGUAUCUACAAAUCUGUGACGACCAACACUUCCAAGGAAAUGAUGUGCUUCAGUGACUUCCCGUUCCCCGAACACUACCCCAACUACAUACACAACUCCAGGUUCAUGGAGUACUUCAAGAUGUACGCCGAACACUUCGGCAUCCUGAAGUACAUCCGUUUUAAGACCAAGGUACAGAGCGUGAGGAAACGUCCAGAUUUUUCUCUCAGUGGACAAUGGGAUGUGGUCGUGGAGGCAGACGAGAAACAGGAGACCCUGGUAUUCGAUGGGGUCUUGGUCUGCAGUGGCCAUCACACGGACCCCUACCUCCCGCUCCACUGCUUCCCAGGCAUCGAGAAGUUCAAAGGCUGUUACUUCCACAGUCGGGAGUAUAAAAGUCCCGAGGCCUUUUCAGGAAAGAGAAUCAUCGUGGUUGGCAUCGGGAACUCUGGAGUGGACAUUGCAAUGGAGCUCGGCCAUGUCGCAAAGCAGGUGUUCCUCAGCACCAGACGAGGGGUGUGGAUUUUUCACCGCGUUUGGGACAACGGGUAUCCCAUGGAUAGUAUCUUCUUGACGCGGUUCAAAUACUACCUCAGGAAGACAGCAGCGAUAACACUGAUGGACAAGCAGCUGGAGGCGAUACUAACCACGAGAUUCGACCACACGCAUUACGGCCUGCAGCCCCGACACAGACCUUCAAAUCAGGCUCCAAUUUUCGGUGAUGAUCUGCCAAAUCACAUAAUUUCUGGAAGAGUCCAAGUGAGGUCCAACGUGAAGGAGUUCACGGAAACGGAUGCCAUUUUUGACGACGGCAGCACAGAGGAGAAUAUCGAUGUUGUCAUCUUUGCUACAGGGUACAGCUUCUCUUUUCCUUUCCUCGACGGUCUGAUCAAUGUCACUAAUAACGAAGUGUCCCUGUACAAACUUAUGUUCCCCCCCAACCUGGAGAAGCCAACGCUGGCUGUCAUCGGCCUCGUCCAGACCGUGGGCAUCGUGCUGACGAUAGCAGAACUCCAGUCUCGCUGGGCUACACGAGUGUUCAAAGGGCUGAGCCAGUUGCCCCCAGUAAAGAUAAUGACAGCAGAGAUCACCGAGAGGAUGAAGGCGAUAGAGAAACGGUCCGUGAAGAAAAUCAACGACAACAUCCAAGUGAAUUACAUUGAGUACAUGGACGAAAUCGCCACCCAGGUGGGUGUGAAGCCCAAUCUGCUGGUCCUCUUUCUCUCGGACCCGAAGCUGGCCAUGGAGAUUCUCUUUGGCCCAUGCACCCCAUACCAGUACCGGCUGCAGGGGCCAGGGAAGUGGGAAGGGGCCCGGAAGGCCAUCCUCCCCCAGCGAGAGCGAAUCAUCAAGCCCCUGAAGACGAGAAUCACUAGUGAGGACCAUCGCCCGCCCUCACUGUUCUCCUGGAUGAAGAUGGCACCAGUCGGCCUGGCAUUUCUGGUUGCUGGCUCGGUGUACUUGGCACAUUUGUACUCUUUGCUGUGGUGA